AUGACGGCCGAAGCCACCAUCGCAGAUGGCCAAGCGCCAGAAAUCCACGGCCGACUUCUCCUCCUCUCAAAUCGUCUCCCCAUCACCAUCAAGCGCUCCGAUGAUGGCAGCUACACAUUCUCCAUGUCCUCCGGCGGUCUGGUCACUGGUCUUAGUGGCCUCAGCAAAACCACCAGCUUCCAGUGGUACGGAUGGCCAGGUCUCGAGGUUCCUGACAAUGAAGUCGAGGGCAUGAAACAGCGCCUCAAGGAUGAAUACGGCGCACACCCAGUAUUCAUUGACGACGAAGUUGCCGACAGACACUACAAUGGCUUUUCAAACUCCAUCCUAUGGCCUCUUUUCCACUACCACCCCGGCGAAAUCACCUUUGACGAAUCCGCAUGGGCAGCAUACCAACAAGUAAACCACCUCUUCGCCCAGACCGUCAUCAAGGACGUCCAGGACGGUGACCUCAUCUGGGUCCACGACUACCACCUCAUGCUCCUCCCGCAAAUGCUUCGCGAAGAAAUCGCAAAGACUGGCAAAAAAGUAAAGAUUGGCUUCUUCUUGCAUACGCCCUUCCCCAGCAGCGAAAUCUACCGCAUCCUCCCCGUCCGCGAGCCCUUGCUCCGCGGCCUCCUGGACUGCGACCUCAUCGGCUUCCACACCUACGACUAUGCGCGCCACUUUCUGAGCAGCUGCUCUCGCAUCUUGGGCACGCACACCACUCCCAACGGCGUAGACUGGAACGGACGCUUCGUCACUAUUGGCGCAUUCCCCAUUGGCAUCGACCCUGAAAAGUUUGUAGAAGGACUGAAGAAGCCGUCCGUGCAGGAACGUAUCGCUACGCUGAACCGCAAAUUCGAAGGCGUAAAGCUGAUUGUCGGCGUCGACAGACUAGAUUACAUCAAGGGCGUGCCUCAGAAACUACACGCCCUCGAGGUCUUUCUCACAGAACACCCCGAGUGGAUUGGUAAAAUCGUCCUUGUGCAAGUCGCCGUCCCCUCGCGCCAAGACGUUGAAGAGUAUCAAAACCUCCGCGCCGUCGUCAACGAACUCGUGGGCCGUAUCAACGGUAAAUUCGGCACCAUUGAAUUCAUGCCCAUCCACUUCCUCCACCAGUCCGUCUCCUUUGACGAAUUGACCGCCCUCUACGCCGUAUCAGACGUGUGUCUCGUCUCGUCUACCCGCGAUGGCAUGAACCUCGUCUCCUACGAAUACAUUGCCACGCAGCAAGAACGACACGGCGUCAUGAUCCUCUCUGAAUUCACUGGUGCCGCGCAAUCCCUCAACGGGAGUCUCAUUGUCAAUCCCUGGAAUACAGAGGAACUAGCCAAUGCCAUCCACGACGCCGUCACAAUGAGCCCCGAGCAAAGAGCCGCCAAUUAUAAGAAAUUAGAGCGCUAUGUCUUCAAAUACACCAGUGCCUGGUGGGGCACCAGCUUCGUCUCUGAAAUGACUCGCCUUGACUCGAAUAAUGUCCAGCCCAAGACUUUGCGAAACGUGUCGGGUGCGGUUGUCGGACCAGGGGAAGAGGAAGAUGAGGCUGUUUCUCCUACUCAGAACAAUCCAUAG